AGGCUGCAGAACGGUGGCGAAGGCAUCAGCAAGAGGGAAAGGGAGAAAGUGAAUGCAUCAACAAGAGCAAGAGAGAAAGGGAGAAAGCAAACUGGCGGAGGAGCGGAGCAGCGACGGCGGAGUGGCGACGCCUCUGGUGCGAUGGUGAGAAGGCACAAGGCCGAACGAAGAAGAAGCUGUGGAGACUUGGCAGAUCUGCACGGCUCUUUUGAGUGAUCGUUCUCUUUCCUCAAACCGGCAAAGGGUGCUAUUGCCACUGGUGCUGCGACAACUGGGUUCGAACCGUGGAAGUGUUUUGCUGGCCUUGUCUGCUAAAGUUGCCCUUCCUUUCCCCAGGAAGGCGGGAGGAACCCAGAACCGGUUCGUGGUCUUCAGCGAGGUGUUCGGCGACAUCGUUCGAUCCUCUCCGACUGUCAGCUUUCUCCGGCUAACAUCCUAGUCCAGGAAGCUCCAUUCCUCUUGUGAACCAGUGAACAAGAAGCCAUACAGGACGAUCUUUACCACCAUGAGCAUGGCAAGAUCGUUGUCAAAUUUGAUCUGGAAGAAAGUUAUGAGCUCUGGAGCAACCUAUUCUCCAAGAAACCUAGUAGAAGCUGGCGUUUUGACUGAAUGCAAUCGAAAAUGGUAUGCAUCAAUGCCUGAUGACCCUGAUUCCCAUGAUGAUUUUCAGCCAAAAAAGAAGAUUGUAGAUUCUGCUUCACUAAAGGACAUCGUUGAGAACGAUGUCAAAAGUAAUCCUGUGAUGAUAUAUAUGAAGGGAGUUCCUGAUGCUCCACGCUGUGGAUUCAGUGCCCUUGCUGUGAGAGUUCUUCAAGAAUAUGGUAUUCCUUUACAUGCCAGAAAUAUUUUAGAAGAUUCUGAUCUAAAAAACAGUGUAAAAGCUUUUAGCAACUGGCCAACAUUUCCCCAGAUAUUCAUAAAAGGGGAGUUCAUUGGUGGGUCUGACAUAAUACUGAACAUGCAUCAGUCGGGUGAAUUAAAGGAAAAGCUUAAGGACCUCAAAGAGCAAAGUGAUGCACCAAAAGAAGAUUAAAGCGUAUGCAAGCAACUUAAGGGAUUCGGCAAAUUGGUCUCCGAAUGUCAUCUUUUUUCUGGCUUUGUUUAUGCAUUUUCUAUUGAGAUAAAUGCAGUACUCAGGGUGGGUUUGUAUCACAUCUUAACUGUUCUUUCACUUUAUCUGAAAUUGGUUCCAUAAACAGCCAAUGGUUUGAGUAAUAAACUCUUGGAGUGCAAUUGCCCUCCUUGUAAGCC